AUGUUGAAAAUUUGGAACAACUGGCCGUCUUCGGCCAGAUGGUGUGUGCAUUUCACAGUGGCACAGGUUGCUUGCUGCUUGAUUGCUCAUGUCUACUGGCCACUCGGUCCCUACUACCUGGAUGUGAACCCGGAUGAAAUCGCCCUUUUUGCCGUGGCUCGUCACGUGCUGGUAGUGCCGUUGCUUUUGCUCGCCUUGUUUCAUUUCCGUGAAAUGUGCUCGCGCAGACCGCGUCAUCGAAUGUUGAUGAUCUGCCGAGUAUCCAUGUGGGAAUUCACCGUGAAGAUCGCUUACUACACGCUGCUGUCUGAGGGCUAUGAUUUUGCCUUUUGGAAUCAGCGGUGUGUUGACUACAGGCCCAUCUACAUGACUCGUUGGAUCGGCUGGUCCUUUGCAAUUCCCACCUUGAUGUUCAUGAACUUAUACCCUAUAAUGGAUGACCAGACGGCAUGCAGCGUGCUGCUCCGGAUCUUCCCCCAACAAGCUGCGACGUGGGCAUAUUGCUGGGCCUGUUUCUUGGGCUGCGUAGUUGCUGACCCUUGGAUGGGUUGGAUCCUGAACACCUUGGGCUGCGUGGCCUACGUGGUGGUCAUUGUGGAUGAAAUUGUGCUGGUUUGUGACCGACUUUUGUUGACAAGCCAACCGGCCCUGAAGGGCUACAGCAUCAUCGUGAAGGAAUGCAUGUUUAUCAUCUACACCUGCGUUUAUCUCUGCAGUCUCUGGGGGUUUUUCAGUUCCUAUGCCUGCCAGCGUUUCUACACAGUCUCGGAUGUGAGUUUGAAAUCCACCAUGGCUAUUUUGCUCUUCAUCUAUUGGAUCACGGCUGCUCCGGAAGUGCCCGUGGGAACCAAUGAGGGGAGCGUGCCAGCGAACACGGCCUUGCCCUACUGUGACUACACGUCAGGGAUUCGGCCCUGCGUUCUGCAGCCCACCCAAGUGACCCACGUCUUGGUCCACACGGUGUCAACUUUGGAGGAGCAGACCACCCCGACCUGGAAAAACGUGAGCGAUACCAACUUUCAGGUGACAAAUCUCAACAUCGACGACCUGGAUUUAGACCUGGGCGAGCUUGGAGGGUCGGUGGUCUGGGAUGUGCCAGUUGCGGAGUCGCUGGUGACGCACUACAACCUCUACUUUGGUCGGCUGAGCCACAGCUAUGGUACGGAUUCUUGGGGCGACUGGAAUCUGUGGACUCCCACCCAGGAUCUGCUGCUUGGCACCAGCAUUUGGUGGAACUUUAUCAACAUCGCUGCGGAGACAGCCAUCGGUUCCAGUGACUACCUGCUGCUCUAUGCUGCCAGUGCUUUACAGGAACAGACCUGGCCUGCCACGCGCUACAUCCCAGAUGAUUUCUUCGACGUCCGGGAGUUGACCUUCACCGAUUUGGAUCUGGACCCAGCGGAGCUUGGCGGAGUCCUGGACUGGAAGGAACACUCCUACCGAUACAAAGUGGUCACUCGGUCUCCUGAUGGGAUUGAAAAGCAGGGCUCGUGGAAGCGCCGCGGAACCCGAAAAGCAUCGAAAAGCGAGUCCUACCACGUCUAUCUGGCCUCUGACGCGGCGGGCACGGGCCGAAAGCGUCUGACCAACGAGACAGGCGUGGCCAGCGGCAGCAGUGAAUUCGACGUGCCGGCAGAUACCUCGCAAACGAGCCUGGCGGAAGAGACGACCCCUGCAGCACUGGCCAUCUCGGACACCGCUGUCCAGGCGGAACAGGUUCUCUUCACUGAUCUGGAUCUGGACGUGAACGAACUGGGCGGCAAUGUCAGCUGGGAGCAACCUGCCCUGGAUACCAGUUUGAUCACCCACUACCUGGUCUACUUUUCCCCGGACUCUGCAGGUGCUGACCGUGUGCUGUUCACCACGGUAGAGCAAGUGAUCUCGGAGGUGGCAAUUCCGGCGGACACCUCGCGCUUUCAUUCAGGGUAUGCGAACAACACCGAGAAACUUUAUGACUACAUCCUGGUCUAUGCCAAGUCCACUUGGGCCGAGCAGAGCACUCCGGCCUACAUUCGUAUCGUUGACUCGGACAUGCCGGUGACCAACGUCAUCUGGGUGGGAGAGGACCUGGACAUCGUGGACCUGCAGGGCCUGUUGGACUGGACUCCACCGGAGAACGUGUCUGGCGAGGUGAUCACGUACGCGGUGUACCUCGCCCAGUCCGCGGAUGGUUUGAACAAAGAACUGGUCAACUGGACCGGAAGUUUGGACGGCUACAACUUGACGGAGCUGGAGCUGUCCGGCGCUUUGCCAUACAUCCAGCAGGGCGAAGUGCCCUUUGGCGUCAACAGCUUUGCAGUACCCAGUGGCACCUACCGGGACAGCUAUUCGCACUUCGUGGUCUUCUCUCGCUCGGCGCUGGCCGAAGCCACGACCCCGUCGUUCCUCUCCUUUGCCGGCGCCGCGAUCAACGCCUCGGUGAAGGAGAUCAAUCUGACCGAUGACGUAUCUUGGAAACAGGGUGGAGCAUCGGGAGCAGUGGCUGGGGCCUGA